GCACGUUGACAGACCACUGUUUUCCGCCAUUUUUCACCAUUGAUUGAUGAAGCGGCGUGAAGUUAAAGAUGCCGCCUUUGAGCAUUAAAACCACACAUGUAUUUAGAACAAAACAACAUCCGGAGCCUGCACAUUUGCUCAGUUCCGGAAAAAAAAUUAAUAAAUGAAAGCACAUGUUUUAUCAUUCAAACAUUCAAACUAGAUACGCAUCAGAAAACAUGGACAGCAGCACACAUUCAGACAUCACCAUUGAGCAGGAGGACCAGCGUCGCAGGAAUGAGACAGAGGACGUAGACCCUGCUGAGGACUUCAGCCGGCAGCUGGAGGACAUCAUCAACACGUACGGGCCAGUGGCCAGCCUGCUCGAGCAGCAGAGCCCCGCCCCGGAGCCCGAGGCCGACGAAGACACCAACGGAGAGCAGGCCGAGGAAGCCGCGCCUGCCAAAGAUGGAGGCGCCUGUAAGGACCCAAAACUGGAGAAGAAGAUGCUGAAAGGCCUGGGAAAGGAGGCCACGAUGCUAAUGCAAAAUUUGAACAAGCUCGGUACUGCAGAAGAGAAACUGGAAGCGCUGUUGAAGAAGUAUGCAGAACUAAUGGAGGAGCACCGGGCGGGGCAGAAGCAGCACAAGCUCCUGCAGAAGAAGCAGACCCAGACGCAGAAGGACCGGGAGCAUCUCCAGAGUGAGCACAGCCGGGCAGUGCUGGCUCGGAGCAAGCUGGAGGAGCUGUGCAGAGAGCUGCAACGGCACAACAAGAACCUCAAGGAGGAGUGCUUGCAGAGGUGCCGUGAGGACGAGCAGAAGCGCAAGGAGAUCACCACUCACUUCCAGAGCACGCUGACAGACAUCCAGAGCCAGAUCGAGCAGCACAGCAACCGCAACACCAAGCUGUGUCAGGAGAACGGGGCCCUGGCCGAGAAACUGCAGGCCAUCAUCAACCAGUACGAGCAGAGGGAGGAGAGCCUGGAGAAAAUCCUCAAGCACCGCGACCUGCAGCAGAAACUGUCAGACGCUAAGCUGGAGCAGUCCAACAUGCUGCUGAAGGAGGCCGAGGAGAAACACAAGAGGGAGAAGGAAUACUUGCUUAAAGAGGCAAUUGACAAAACAAAGAAAUGCUACACAAUGAAGCAGCAGGAGUUGCAGAUGAAGAAGCAGAUCGUCCUGUACUCACAAAAGUUUGACGAGUUCCAGACCACUUUGGCUAAAAGUAAUGAUGUGUAUGCUGCUUUCAAGCAAGAGAUGGAUAAGAUGUCGCAGAAGAUGAAGAAUAUGGAUAAGGAGUCGAAUACCUGGAGGACACGCUUUGAAAGCUGCAACAAGGCACUGAUGGAUAUGGUGGAAGAUAGAGCGACGAAAGAUAAGGAGUUUGAGCUCUUCACCCUGAAGAUUGAUAAGCUGGAGAAGCUUUGCCGGGCACUGCAGGAGGAGAGGAAGGGACUCUACGAGAAGAUCCAGCAGGUCAAGAGGUCGGGUGACCAGGUUGGGGUCCCUGCGAUGGAGGAGAAGGGCACGCUGGAGAACUCCGACGUCGCUCCCGUUCCCGCCCCUGAGUCCACCCCUGAAUCCGCACCCGCCCCUGAAUCCGCCCCUGAGCCCGAAAACCUUUUCCUGACGGAGGAGAUGGCUCGUCUGAGCGCGGAGCAAGCCCGUCUGCAGGAAUUCGCUAACUCCUUCCUGGCCUCUCACAUGUUUGAGGCCCAGGGUGAGGAGAAGCAUGAGGAGCCCACAGGAGUAGCGCAGGCCUCCUCCCAACAACUCGCUCCCACUGAGGAAAAGGCCCAGGAGAGCAGCAGUGGUGACACAAGUAAAUUAUCACCAGAAAUGUUUUAGUUUCUUUAUCUGACAAGUGCCUUCCAUAGUUUGAAUUUCAAAUUCAGUUUGUUAGUCUGUACUGGUGAAUUUUUAGGUGUGGUGUACAGUAUAAGUAUGUUUUUAAUUGCGUACCAGCUGGCUGCAAACACACAUUUUAAUUGUUUUGUAUGGUAUGCUGGAAUAAAUCCAAACCGUGAAUGGAUGGAAAGUUGAUGAAACAGCCAAGACCUUCUGCAAUACCUAAGAAUUAAAACAAGUUUCCUUUUUCGACAAGAACCUUAUGCAAAUGACUCUGCUUCCCCCUAAUCCUUCUCUCCCGUCAGUGCACUCGUUAUGAUCGCCGAUGCCUACAGUUCGCUAGACUUAGGACAGCAACAUUUUCAUGAUACCUCAAUAUGACAAAGCUUUAUGCAAGUGCAUCUGCUCCCUUUAUUACGAAAUUUAAAUAAAUGCGGGCCUUACUGUUAUAUCAGAGUUAGCCAUUAGCAUCAGGUCACCCAGUCCCUUUUCCUUGCCCUUAUUUAAAGAUUUUCUUUUGCCAUAAAAGUGUUUCCAUAGCAACACACCUCCAAAAAAGAGCAGAGAGGAGAGGAGAAUCAAGCUCGUUCUGUCUGGGAAAGCAAUCUGUAUGUGACAGCCUUCGCCCAGAGAGUGGGGGGGGGGGGGGGGGAGGCGCUCAGCCCCUCUCCUGCAGAACGACUCCUGCGGAAAAAUAACCGCCUUACACAAACCCGACGAGCGCGCACCAAGGGCACCGCACAGGACGUCAGGGACUCCUGGUCGCCAUGGCAACUCCCAGAGCAGGCCCAGCUGGGGCAUCUUUGUAUUUGCAUGUAAGGGUUUUUUUUUUUCUUCUUCUUCUUUUUUUUAUGUUAUUGUGUUGUUGGCAUCAUAACGCAAAAUAAUAGAGGAGGGGAGGGGGGCCACUGGUCCGACUGGAAAGAAGAGCGUCAGAGGUGCGUUAUCUCUGGGGCUUUCAAACACUUAUAGUGUAAUUAUGAUGUUGUUUGUCGUUUUAACAUUGCCCAGUCCAUUGCCCUAAUAAACUAUAUUGACUUUGA